AUGUCUCUUAUCCCGAAAAAUGGCAAGGUUGCCGUUGUGGGUGCUGGUAUAUCUGGUCUCACAUAUAGUUAUUUCCUUCUGAAACUCCGGCCGGACGUUUCCAUCUCCAUUUUGGAAUCAUUGGCACGUCCUGGCGGAUGGAUCAGUACAGAAAAGCUCAAUGAUGCUGGAAAAGAAAUAAUACUAGAAAAGGGUCCUCGAACUCUUCGUGGAGUCAGUGAUGGGACGUUGCUAAUCGUAGAUAUACUUCGACACCUACAGUUAGAGAACCAGGUGGAGGUGAUGAAGUCAACCUCAAUUGCCAACCGUAAAUGGCUCUUGGAUCUGUCAAAUAACCUCGUUCAAGUUCCUAACUCGGUAUCUCUGCUUUUAAAGUUCUUGGGUUCGGAUGUUACUGAUGGUUUGGUUCGAGGUGUGUUGAGAGAGCCAUUUCGGAGUAAACUGACUGAUGCCCAAGAUGAGUCGAUCCAGUCGUUUUUUCAGCGUCGAUUUGGGUCUCCCGAAAUCGCCGAUAACAUUUUAAGUGCUGUGAUGCAUGGGAUUUACAGUGGAAAUGUGGCCAAAUUGAGUGUUCAGACCACAUUGCCUAGUUUGGUGGAGAUGGAGAAGAAAGAUGGCUCAAUUGUCAAGAGCAUGUUACGAAGGAUGAGGUCUCAAAAGAAUAAGGUACUGCCCACUAUAAAUGAGACACUUGCUCAGUAUGAGCUGUUGAUUUCGCCAGAUUCCAAUCUCGGACAGCUUUCUCAAUCUCUCAAGAAGUUUCCUAUCUUAAGAUUACAAGAUGGACUCCAGGUGUUACCAAACGCUUUGGCCGAACUGCUUCUGCGCCAGAACAACAUCACAAUCAAUUAUGAGUCUGAAGUAGAUUCUCUUGACUUGAAAUCUGGUGCUCUCCUGGUUAAUGGGAAGAAAGACAACUACGAUCAUGUUCGUUUUACACUGGGAGCAGCCAGAUUACUGGAAGUGGUAGGCAGAGAUCCUGAGCUUCAACAAGUACUUAAUCUGUUUGAGUAUUCAUCGAUUUUCAUGGCCAAUGUUUACUCUAAGAAAGGAGGACUCAUUCCUGCCAAAGGAAACGGGUUCGGAUUUCUUGUUCCGAGUCGCAACUCGAAUCCUGAGUCGCUCUUGGGCGUUAUUUUCGACUCGGAUACCGAGCUGGAUGCCGAAAAGUUCUUUGGAGGGUCCCAGGUUGCGAAAGUUUCCUACGAUAAGGUGACGUUGAUGAUGGGAGGACAUUACUUCAACGAACGGGGGAUUCCUUCCACCAGCAUUAAUCUUAGAGCGGCCAGAAAUGUAUUGUCAAGCAUUUUGGGAGUCAAAUUGGAUAAUUACAACAUUAUUUUGAGAGAUGAAGCCACGGAAAACUCUAAGGAGGUGAAAUUAGAAGAUAAUGAUCUUCUCAUCUCGUACAAUCUCCAUAAGAAUUGUAUCCCACAGUACAAUGUCGGAUUUCUCGAUAAAGUGAAAAGCAUGGUGCGGAUUGUGGACGAAAAGUCUAAACGUAAGGUUAGCAUUGGCGGUACCAGUUUGGGGAAAUUAGGAGUUCCCGACUGUGUGAUGAAUAGUUUGGAAGAUGCAUUGGCACAAGGUAGGUAG